AUGGAGCAGCACGAGUUGGACGAUAUUUACGCUUUUGCCGUGCAGCUCGGCAAGGAUGCCGGUGACAUGCUCAUGGCCGCUGCUCAGCGCCGCAUCGAUGGGAAUGGGCAGUCUUCGAGUGCCGUUUCGUAUGUUGAGAAAGAGAACUCGGUAGAUAUCGUGACAAAGACAGACAAUGAUGUUGAGAACUUUAUUCGCACAACUGUUCUCAGUAAAUAUCCCGAUCAUGGAUUCCUUGGAGAAGAGUCCUACUCUGCUGGUGCUUCACGAACAUACCUCGUUGACGACAAGCCAACAUGGGUAGUUGAUCCUCUCGAUGGCACCGUCAACUUCACACAUCUCUUCCCCAUGUUCUGCGUAUCGAUCGCUCUAGUCGUCAAAGGUGUUCCAGUCAUUGGCGUCAUCAAUGCCCCAUUUCUCCGCCAAUUCUUCUCAUCAUGCACAGGCCGAGGCGCAUGGCUCAACGAGACACAGCGACUACCAUUGAUUCGAAACCCGAUCCCUCCGAUGCCUGCUAAUGCGCCUAGCGCUUGUACGUUUUCUUGUGAAUGGGGCAAGGACCGUCGCGAUAUUCCAGACGGCAACAUGUCACGAAAGAUCGAGUCUUUUGUGAAUAUGGCUUCGGAGAGAAAUGGGAGGGGAGGAAAGGGUGGUAUGGUCCAUGGCAUGCGAAGCUUGGGCAGUGCGACUUUGGAUCUUGCUUACACUGCUAUGGGUUCUUUUGAUAUCUGGUGGGAGGGUGGAUGCUGGGAAUGGGACGUCGCGGCCGGUUUCGCGAUUCUAGAAGAGGCUGGUGGUCUUGUAACAACUGCCAACCCUCCCAGCGACCCAGAGACUGCCGACAUUACAAGGGCACAUCUUGGAGGCCGGCUGUAUCUAGCUAUACGUCCCGCCGGAUCGUCAGCAACAGAAACAGGACGGCAGACACAAGAACGAACUGUGAGAGAGGUAUGGAAACGUGUCCGAGAAUUAGAUUACAAGCGCCCAGGCGUAUAA